UCGGAAAGCUGAAGGGUUGGAGGAGAGGAGAGGGAGGGGCACCCCGACAUCUAGCCUGCCGAAGCGCCCAGACGAGAGACGUACUACGAUCGAUGAUGAAUCGUCCCGGAGGACCGCGCAUCUACCUACUUACGCUACGUUACGUCACAGAUACCUUCAGCAUGCAUAAGGAUGCCCUGUCACAACGCGCACAAAAAAAAAGAAAAAAACCCUGAAGGAAGUUCCUGGUCUGAGUCAAACUUGAUGACAAAAGUUUGUUCUGCCUUGGCCAGGCUUAGGGUUUUGGCAAUUCAACCUACCCAUCAGCACGUGCCUGCUAUCUUGAACCUAGAUGGACGCAUACUGCAACCAGAUGUGCUUGCGGGCGGUUGGUCACCUAUGUCCUCCCGAGGCAACCCUCCAUCUCUGCAUCCGAGUGCAUCAGCUUCAACUUCAUACCUGGGCGCCGAAGGCCAUGGUUCAAGUGUCAAUUGUCAUACCUUAUACAAUACACAAGCCCCAUUCGCCCCGAGCAUGUUUAGCGGGUUUAUGGCCAUCGACUUGAGCAACAGGAAUGUCGCUGGAAAGGGGAGAAUUUCGCACGUCUCUGUGGGGUUUCCUCCCGCGAGGACACGAAGCGAGCCUACCUACAUCGUACAUAGGUACCUGGGUAUGUACGGCAUGGCAUGGCAGGCAUACUUAGUGUACCAUACCCAUCGCGCUAACCAAGGCUGUCCCCCGAGAUCGGCUCGGCCGUUCCCCCCAACUAGGGCCGGGCUGAUGUAACCCCUGGGGGCCGCCUUGGGCCCUAUAUCGGAGCGGCCGCGCUAUGCCAUGCCAUGCCACGCCACGCCAUCCAGACGGUGUGC